AUGUCGUUAGAGAAACGUGGCUACAAGCAGCUAACUUGCUCAGAAUUAUGCGACGAAUUGGACGUGUUAAUAACGUUAGGCGACAGGUACUCCAGAGACGUUCACGAACCGGAAUUCCUUAUACCGAGAAGAGUAUUCGAGGAUGGCAGCUUCAACACGUACUCCUUGCCGAAUUACUACGACCGGGAGGAGAUCAGCGAGCGCGGAAAGAGGUCGAUCGAGGCAGAGGAGACGGAGCCCGGGACCGAUAAAUUACACCUGGUGCUGCCUUUCAACGGGAUCGAGCACCACGUGGAGCUGAAUCCGUACCACGAAUUCAUCUCGCCAGACAUGGUGAUCGAAACGCGGGGCGCAGGUUUGAGGACCAACAUGAACGAGGCGAUACGAUUCAAGAGGGUCCCGGAUCAGCAGUGCCAUUAUCGGGGUUUCGUCAGAGGCCAUCAAGGCUCCAAGGCUGCUCUUUCUCUGUGCGACGGUGUGGCUGGCUACGUGCACACUAAUCACGGACGGUAUUUCAUCGAGCCACUGAAAGAUGUCGAGCCAGAGUCGGAUGGUCAGCACGUCCACAUCGCCUACGAACGCAGCAUACCGCACGAAAUGCAUGGAAAGGAUGGCCAGACUCCGAAGAAAACUUGCGGUACUAGCGAUAACUGGGAGGCCUCGUGGGCGGAAUCGUUAGCCCAACGUGAGAAGCAGUUGAUGGAGGAGAACUCUGGCGAUGCGAAAAGAGCAGCGCCAGCUAGCACAACUCACAGUAUACAUCGCUAUGUAGAAGUUGCAGUGGUAACCGACAGGAUGUUCCUCGAUUAUCACAAUGGCACCAACUACGAGCAGUAUGUGUUGACACUUAUGAACAUGGUGGCGGAUUAUUAUCACGACAGCUCGUCUGGCAAUCAAAUAGACGUGGUUAUUGUUCGCAUAAUAUAUUUGGAGAAAGAGAAAGAAGAGAUAGAUUUGCGCAUUAGUCCUAAGGCCGAAGAGGCACUGGACAGUUUUAUCGCAUGGUCCGUGAAGCUCAAUCCAGCAGACAUGGAACAUCCCAAUCACUUCGAUGUGGCAGUUCUUAUAACUAGAUACGAUAUCUGCUCAGAGGGAACCGGCUGUCAGCUGUUGGGUCUAGCGUACGUGUCGAAGAUCUGCGACCCCAAGAGAGCAGGAACUAUCAACGAAGACACCGGUCUGAUGACUGGAAUCACCAUUGCCCACGAAAUUGGUCACACGCUGGGUUGCAGUCACGACGAGGGAGGUCCCAACGCAUGCGAGGCCCAGGACAAGAGUGACGGAAGUACCUAUGUCAUGUCUCCUUUUGUCAAUAUGUUUACACUCAGAUGGUCGCCAUGCAGCAGAACGUUUAUGACACAGCUUUUCGAGAAAGGACUGGGCGAAUGUCUGACCAACAAUCCACGAAACCCGCCGGAGAAAUUAAAGCUUCCGAACAUGCUGCCCGGCGCGAUGUACGAUACAGAUGCUCAGUGCAACCUUGUCUUCCCUGGCUCGAAAUUUUGUACUGGUACAUUCAAAUGCGAGCAGCUAUGGUGCCACAUGAACAAUACCUGUUACUCUCGCAAUGCACCUAUUGCGGAUGGAACAAAAUGCGGUGAGAACAAGUGGUGCUUCCGCAAGGAGUGCGUGGAUAUGGGGACUCGACCACAAGCGGUGCAUGGCGGAUGGGGUUCAUGGAGUGCCGUAGGUAGUUGCAGUAGAACCUGUGGCGGUGGUCUCAAAUUUAGCGAGAGGGAAUGCAACAAGCCGGUGCCAUCAAACAGAGGCAGAUAUUGUCUUGGCGAAAGGAAGAAGUUCAUGACUUGUAAUACCCAGCCCUGCGAUCCCACGAAACCACCGUUCAGAGCAGUUCAGUGUACAGAAUACAAUACUAAAUCGAUGUUAGGAGAUGGUAAACUGUAUAAGUGGAGACCGUAUUUCUACGCGAAAGCACCCUGCGAUUUAGUUUGCAUGAACGAGAACGACAAGUUAAUCAAUCUACCACGUCCGGUAAACGACACGACACCCUGCAAGCCUGGAACAAACGACAUGUGUAUCUCUGGUGUUUGUAGGAAAGUUGGCUGCGAUUGGGUUCUGGACGGCAACGCCGUCGAGGAUAAGUGUGGCAUUUGCAAAGGCGAUGGUACCAAGUGCAAGAAAGUACAAGGACUUUUCGAUUCCACGAAUGAUAAACAACAACGCGUCAAGGUAGUGACAAUUCCUAAGGGCGCACGCAGUAUUUCGGUGAAAGAAACGAUAAAGAGAAAGAACAUCCUGUCAGCGAAACCUGAGAAUGGCAACAAAUACUGUAUUAACGGAGGAAACGUGGAAUUUAGAGACGGCGAUUACGAGUGCGUGAAUUCAAUGCUUCUAUACACGCAUCCUGAGCCGCAAAGGGAGGAAAUCGACAUAAAGGGGCCAAUAGGAGAAAAUCUUCUGAUCGAAUACGUAUUCUAUGAAUGGGAUGUCAAGUACGGAGUGAGUUACACAUACUACGUGCCGUCUUCCAAUCCAUCGUACACACCGAAGUAUAUAUGGGACUUCAUGGAGUGGACGAACUGCGACGCCAGUUGCGGUGGUGGUACAAUGAUCUCCGAGGCAACGUGUAUCGAAGAACACGGCGGAAAGGUCACUUUGUCUUUUUGCUCUGGCAUACCCAAACCGGAACCGAAGAGUCGUGUUUGCAAUAUGCAAGCUUGCCCCGCCAAUAAGUAAUGCGAUAACAAGAAGGGUUGGAAGCAUCGUAAAGUGCAGUGCGUGAAGCCGGCUGCUCGUGCGGGUGAGGAUGACGUGCAGGCAAACUUUGACGCGUGCAAAGGACGCCUGCCCAAACAAAAGGACGAAUGCAUCGGUAAGCGGCCCUGUCGGAAGAGUUGCGCGAAAAAGACGCGAAACGUUGACAAAGACGUCGAGAAUCUAAAGGAGAAAAAGUCGGUGCCGGUGGAAAAUCAGGGCAAGAUGAUCGACUCAUUUGUGGAUCUGAGUUUAGCACGAUACCUGGAGAAAGCGCAUGGGAUUUCCUCGGAGAGCGAGGCCGACGACUUGAGCAAGGUGAGCGAUUCGGCGGACUUACGUCUACUACUUCGCGACUGGUCUAGUGCAGAAGAGGCAAAGAAGAAACGAAGUACCUGUCCUCCCGGAAUAAAUUUGACCAAGCCGAAGGAAGGAUCGAUAAUACACGACAAGAUACCGACAAAGGAUGUCAUUCUGCUCCAAGCUCCUUACAUGGACAGUAACCUUCAGCAGAAUCUGUCGGACAAGGCGUACCAGGAAUCUGGCGACCUCGUCGGUGGAAGCAUCGACACCUCCCGCGAGAAGGUUUACCAGGGUAUGCAGGCUAUUGAAAAAAUCGAAACUCUGAUCAAUCGGAAUGAAACACGGUCUGUACCAUCAUCGUCGUCUGGCAACAACGAUAAGUUAACUUACGAUCGGUUGGCCAAGCUCGUGGAUCCUGCAGAUCAACCAUAG